AUGUCAGAUGGUAAUAUCACAGAGUAUCAAGGUGGCUACAUGUUGACUAUCAAUGCAUGUCCUAUCGGAUGGGGAGCUAUUGGUGGCUUGAUAGGUGACUCUUGGACAAAAUCUGUUCACAGAGGUGCUAAAACCAACGGUAAAGGAGCAUUUAAACUCCCCUUAGUUAUAGAUUUUUAUUAUCGUUUGUUAUUCCAUAAAGUCAGGUACAGAAUGGGUAUUUUUAUUAGUAGAAUGGUUAGCCAAUUAUUCGGCAAUCAAGAGAUGAAAAUCUUGAUGGUUGGUUUGGAUGCUGCUGGUAAGACGACUAUCUUGUAUAAGUUGAAGUUGGGUGAGAUUAUCACUACUAUUCCAACCAUUGGAUUUAAUGUGGAAACUGUCCAAUAUAAGAAUAUUGGAUUCACCGUAUGGGAUAUUGGUGGACAAGAUACCAUUAGACCAUUAUGGAGAUAUUAUUACCAAAAUGCUCAAGGUAUUAUCUUUGUGGUUGAUUCCAAUGAUAGAGAUAGAAUUGACAAGGCAAGAGAUGAAUUAGAAAAGAUGUUGAAUGAAGAUGAAUUGAAGAAUGCUUCAAUUUUAGUCUUUGCCAACAAACAAGAUUUACCUAAUGCUAUGAGUGCUGCUGAAAUCACUGAAAAGUUGGGUUUGACCAAAUUGAGAGGUAAGCCAUGGUAUAUUCAAUCUACAUGUGCUACAACCGGUGAUGGUUUGUAUGAGGGGUUAGAAUGGUUAUCUCAGAAUGUUGCUAAGGAAUAA